AUGUUUCACUUGUGGCAGAAUGUAAAGCGCACAUUCAAGAAACAUCACAAACAAUUGAAGGAUAUAUUCUUUGCUUUGGCUAGAGCUUACACGGUAGAGAAGUUUGAGUACCAUAUGACAGAGAUGUGCAAAAUUGAUCUGAGAGUGCAGCCUUACUUGUUCGAAAUUGGAUACGAAAGGUGGUCUAGGGAAUAUUCCAAAGUGAAAAGGUCGAUGAUAAUGACUUCCAAUAUUGCAGAGUCAAUUAAUGCAGCAAACAAGGAUGCUAGAGAAUUACCAGUAAUGCGAUUGCUGGAGUACAUGACAAAUUUGCUACAACAGUGGAACAACAAAAAUAAAAAAAGUGCAAUGGAGACAUCUACAAAGCUUGGCAAAAAGUACGACAAACUCCUUCGAGAAAAUCUGAUUGCAUCAGAGCAAAUGACGGUGAGGCCUGCUACGGAGAAGUUAUAUACUGUGUUUGAAGGGGUAAGGCGAAACAUAGUGUGCCUUGAAGAGGGAACAUGCAGUUGUGGAAAAUUUCAAAUGGAUGAACUUCCAUGUCCGCAUGCUUGGGCGGUUUUGAAGAACCAGCAGCUGAAACCUAGCCAGUAUUGCUCUUUUUACUACAAGAAGGAUAAACUCCUUAGAACUUAUGAAUUUCCAGUGAAUCCGAUGCCAGAUAACAGUCUAUGGGUAAUCCCAACAGAGGUAAUGGAAGAUGUGGUCCUACCACCUAAAGGAAGAAGGAAUGCAGGAAGGCCAAGAAAGGAAAGACUCAAACCUGCUUCAGAAAAAGAGUCUAAGAGGGCGUUUUCAUGUUCUGUGUGUGGACAAGGUGGUCACAAUAGAAAAACAUGUAGGAAUCGACCAAAAUAG